GUCGCCCUUGUGUUUGCGACGUUGGUUCUGGCAUCGGUCCGCAGUCAGGAGGGAGUAGACGUGGUCUGGUAUAUCGACCCGAGCAGCACGGAGCCAGCAGAGACCUGUGGACACGAGCCCUCGCUGCCGUGCGCCAGUCUUGAGAUAGUCUUUGCACAGAGUCAGCUCGUGAACGAUAGCAUAUUCUGCUUCUCGAGCCUGGGCGAUCAGGACGGCCGCUCUUCAACCACCGUCUACCUCACUGGGUCCGCCUUCGUACCGGCAGUCUGUCUCAAAAACUGGCAUAACUUGCGCGUCGCCAGCUAUCCACCAGGGACUACAGUUGUCAUCAAUACUGAUCGUUUUGGCAGUAGCAGCAUUUUCAGCUUCUUCAACUGCACCAAUGUGACUCUGGAGGGCCUGGUGUUCAACACCUCCAGCCAAAACAGGCAGAACCUCUACUUUGAGGCCUGCACUGACCUAACGCUCCGCGGGUGCUCUAUGCCACUGACUGCAGUCAAUGGAUUCGGCGUGGAGGUGAGGGACAGUGGGGGCCAGGUGCUGGUCGAGGAGUGUGUGUUCUCUGGUGACCCCACUGUCACAGGAGAUGUAAACCACGGCAUUGCCUUACGACUGGUGACUGGUAGCGAGUUGUUUGAGUCUGACGCAUUGUAUCCAGCCAUGGACAUUAUCAUUAGGGACUGUGAUUUCCAUCACCUCACUUCUUACGGCCCUCCCGAGGACAGCUACCGGAGUGCUCGCAGCUCCGCCCUGUCUCUACUCGUCCAGUUCCGCAGAGGUGCCUUUGACAACCGCCUGUUUGUUGAGAAUUCAAUCUUCCACAAUAUCACCAAUACUGUUGGCCACAGUGUGACCGUCCACCAUGACUCUGGCUCCUUCAACAACUCUGUCUUCUUCACCAACUGCACAUUCACCGAGAACAGGGUUCGUUAUGGAGGAGGUGUGGCCACCUAUUUCAGUGGUGGGACUGAGUCACGCAAUGGCUCUCUCCACAUCACCGACUGCAACUUUACCAAUAAUCACGCCGACUUUGAGGGCGGGGGAGUUUUUGUUGCAUUUCUUGAACAGGAGAUCUCCAAUCAGGUUUUCAUCAGCUCAUGCCAGUUUCAAGGCAACUCUGCUCUCUACGGAGCAGCUGUGUUUCUGUUCAACAAUCCGGCCUGGUUUUCUCGCCAUGGGCCACCAGACUCAGUCGCCCUCCCAAUCACCCCAGUCAACAUCUCCUCCUGUUAUUUCUCUCAUAACGAUGCCUCCCUUGAUGAGGGAGUGGUCACAGCUCUAAGAAUCAUCCUUACACUGGACAAUGUGGACAUGCAGGGAGCGAACAGUGCCUUGUUCAAGGCCAACAUGGCUGUCCAAGGCGGGGGAGCCAUCUAUGGAGAUGAGAGCAGUACUUCGUUCUCUGCCAAUGAGUACAACCACUCUCUGGCCGAGAACAGGUUUGGCUUCUGUUUCAUCAUAUUUGGCAAUGAGGGUCAACCAAUUGGAGUGGCAUCCCAGUUCCCGGAAAGAAUUGUGUUUGAGGAAAACUUUGCUUUCACAGAGGGUCGCACUGUGUCAGCCUACAGCCUCAGGGGGUGCCAGAUAUCCAACUUUGUCCCCACCAGCCUCUCAGACUUCCUGGUCAUCUCCAGCGAUGGUACAAACCUCUUCAAAGACACGGAGGCCCUGGGCACCACCACAACUGGACCAUCCUACCUCUUCUUCUUUGGGGCCUCCACUCGUUGCUAUAAGCCAGUGGGAAACAUCACCUACCUUUUGCCAAACUGCUCUAACAGUCUUAUCAAUCAAACGUUCUACGCUCACCCAGGUCUGUCAUGCAGUCUGAAGGCCCAGCUGACAGAGAUGGACCGACUCUAUGGCCCAGGAGCUGCUCUGAGGCCAACAGUGGACAAGAUGGUCACCCCCUGGGCCGGGAUCGAGGCAAGUUGGACUCUGACCCCAGGUACCAAGCGACUCCAGUGCAGUGAGGAUGGAGAAGAGGGUGUUCCAGGGCAGCUCUACCUGUCGCCUGCCCCCGGGGAGCAGUUUGACCUCACAGUCCAGCUGGCCGACCAGCUCCUCAACUUCGUCUCGGCCACCAUCUAUGUGGAGGUGGAGCACGAGAGUGUGACCACGCCUCCUGGUGUCCUCAUUCAGCUGAAUGGAAUCCAGUACUCUUACACUGACAGGGUGUUCUUUACUCCAAACCGAGCUCUGUCCGGGCUAGCUCUGGUGGGUCUACCUGGUACUGAGGGCAGGUUGCGAGUGGUGACAGCCUCACAGACCUGCCAGGAUUGUCGCGAUGUCAUUCCAGCUAUUCCUCUCCUCCUCACCCUCAUUCUGGGACUCGUGUUUGUUAUUGCCGUAGUGGCUUUCAACUUUGAAGCCUCUCCUACAAUUGACUCUCUCCUCUUCUUCACACAGGCUGUGUACAUACUUCUUGCUGGAAGAGCCAACUACGACGCAUUCAGCUACCUAGCCUUCUUCAACCCAGACUUCACCUUCAGUCUGUGUGUGACUAGCAGCCUCACGGCCCUGGGUCGGUUGGGUCUCCAGUAUGUCACCCCUCUCUACAUCCUCUCCCUCCUCCUCCUCAUUCUACUCCUCACCAGAGUCAAGGUCCGCUGGAUAUCCAAGCGACUCGGUCGACAUUCGUUCCUCAAGAGCCUCUGGUUCCUCAUCCUUAUUUCCUACCUUAACAUCUCGCUCACAACCUUUGAACUCUUGCACUGUCGCACUAUCGGUCCCAGUAACGGUGGCCAGCGACAAGUCCUGGAACACGAUGCCUCUGUCACCUGCUACCAAGACGGUCAUCUUGCGGCAGCAAUCUUUGCCAUACUCUCAGCUGCCUUUCUCGUUCUCCCUUUCCCAUUCUUCACUGCAGUGCUCCUCCACUUCCCUCGCUUCAAGCCGUUCACUGAUGCCUAUACCUUCAUGUACCGCGACUGGCGGAGACUGUGGGUUGCCUGGAGCCUCUUUCGUAGACUGCUGCUCGUGCUCAUCGGGGUCUUUGUCACCGAAUUUACUUCAGACACUUUGCCCUGUUGGUGGGACUGCUGUGGAUUCUCCUAGUUGACGUGGUCACCUGGCCCUACCGCUACCACUAUGACAACUUCUUCUCUGUCGUCAUAUCUUGGUUGCUGGUGGCGGUGGCGAUAGUGACCGAGCCAAGGCUCUAUCUGAGUUUUGACCCUGGCCGUGGAG